CACACAUCCCCACGUCAGGAUGUUGUUUUAUGAGGUGGACAUCUGACUGUGUUCCAAAACAUUGUUUCAAAUAUGUUCUCGCGAAAUGUCCGGAUCGCAAAAGUCUGAUGUUUAGGCGUAGCGUGAAACAGAAAAGUGACUUGAGACGAUCACCAAAUCCAGAAUUUCAUGGCCAUUCCUUGCCUCUCUGUGGUACCGCCGAAUUAGGAUACAAGCCAUGCACCAGCCGAGGUGUAGCUGAUAAGCUCUUCCAGUCAUGCUGCAAUAUCUAUGUGCCAAAAGAAUGUCGCUCACUGUGUGUUUAUGAAACUGAUCAAAAUGCCACGCGUGAACUGCUCAUUUCGAUACUGCGUGAAAGGAAGUGCGGUCUACAGUAUUUAUCUAGCAUCCUUUACUGUGCAUCGCAGAACCGCGACAACCGGAAAUGCUGCAUACAUUUGAAUCUAAACGACCCACAGCUUCAGGUGGGUAGUCGAUGUUUACGGAUGUGCGACCCAACUGGAACAGCCAUCGAACAAAUUACGAUGGAAGAUACCACCUGCAUGUAUAACUGGAAUGUUAUCAUGUAUUGCCACCAUAGUGGUAUACGAGAGAUGUGAUGGCAAUGUGCAAAUUAUAAAAAAUAUAAUACUAG